CCUCUCUACUGGGCCUGUGUCUACAAUGAUCUUGCCAAACUCGAAGCUACCCUCAGUCGGGGGGUCAGCCCUGAAGAGGCCACCCAGGUGGACAGAAAUGGGAGGACAGGCCUCAUGGUCGCCUGCUACAAGGGCUUUGACGGCAUCGUGGUCCUGCUCAGUCACUGCCCCUUCCUUGAUGUCAAUCAGCAGGACAAAGAAGGAAACACAGCCCUCAUGCUGGCUGCCCAGGCAGGACAUAUCACCCUGGUGAAUUACCUGCUGAACUACUACCCCGGCCUGGACCUGGAUCGGAGAGAUGGCCGAGGCCUGACAGCCCUGAUGAAGGCCGCGGUGCAGGGCCGCUCAGACUGUGCUGACCUGACAGCCGUGGACCCAGCUCGGGGCAAGACAGCUUUGGAAUGGGCAGCCCUGACGGACAGCUUUGAGACUGUGGUCAGGAUCCGUCAGCUGAGCCGGCAUCCCCGAGUUGAGCAGCUGAGUAGGCACUAUCAGCUUGAGUGGCCGGCCCUGGCUGGGCUUGUGGCCCAGGCCCAGACCAAUCUCACUCCAUCCUUCCUGGGGAGACUCCAGAGUGCCUUCAGCCUUCCCUUCCCCCAGCCCCCCCAGGAUGGUGGUGUCCUGGAUCACCUGGUGAGAGUAACUACGAGUCUAGCCAGCCCCUUCCUCAUCACUGCCUGCCACACUCUAUGCCCGGACCUCCCACCUGAACUGGGCAGGAUUCGUCCAUCUGUGCCGGAGCUUCAGGGCACAGUACCUCCGCGACCCCAAACCCUGAGUGUCUCCCAGCCUCCCUCCAGCCAACAGGUCCUAGUUCCAUAUCGGAAGCCAUCAGGGGUGUUGAGCCUGUGCCCAGAUUGGCUUCUGGCCAAAGAUAGUAAUAUCUCUAAGACACAGGUCCCCAAAAUCCACCUCACCAAGACCCGAUCCCAAUCCAAUCAGCAGAAGCAGGAUUCAAUACCCACAGGACAUCGAGGACUAGUACCCCCUUCAUGGCACUACCAGAAACUCCGAGAGGAAAGGAAAUUGGCAGAAGCAAGAGGCAAGAAGGGGCCAAUGUCUCGGGAAGAUGGGCUAGGGAGGACCUAA